AUGGCUGUGCUGAAUUCUACUGUCGACAACCCGGCGGACGCCACAAGUCUGGCCAGCAGCUAUAGUACCGGCACCCUCCCAGGCGGCCAUGCGGCGGGCACGGGCACGACCACCCACCACAGCUCGAACAACGUUCCCUCCAACCAGCCCUUUCCACAGCUGCGAGACAAUGCCAGUGCCGAUGUAGACAGUGACGGCGACCCGGAGCGGUCGGCCGAGACGGGGGCGUCGAUUGCCAAGACGCUCAAGAUGACCAAGGCGACGGACGCCGGCGCUGGUGCAGGCGACGAUAACGACGACGACGAGGACCCGGCUGUGGCUCGGCCUUUUCUGCGAACCGCGAGUCCUGACAAUGGCGGUGGAAGGGGUGGAGACAAUGACGACGACGACUACGAGGAGGAGGGAGACGAAGGUGCGAGCGACGGCGAGGACAAUGAUGGCGACGGAGAUGAGGCAUUCACAGACGAUGACGAAGACGCUGAGGAGACGCUGGGCGAAGAAGAGACAGCGCCCCAAAGCAGAGCGAGUCCGACUGAGGCAGAGGCAGGUGCUGAUGGCGACGCUGCUCGACGGGCCGGUGCGUCCAGUCGUGCCGGCGGUGAUCGUGCCCGACGGCGGGCGGGCCACGCUGCUCGCGCGGCCAAGGCUGCCCGAACAGCACGCGCAGCCGCCACGCACGAGCGCAUGGGCCACAAGAUGCACAAGUUCACGCUCUACGAGACGGCCAGCCGGUACUACAUUGUCGGCGAGGAUGUCACGGGGCGGCGGUUCCGUGUGCUCAAGAUUGACCGCACGACGGCGGCUGACGACACCGAACUGGGCGUAACCGACGACAAGAUCUUUUACAGCCAGAAAGAGAUGGUGCAGCUACUGGACACAAUCGACGACGGCAACCGCGGGACCGGCGGCAUCAAGCUGCGCUGCACGACCUGGGGCCUGCUGGGCUUCAUCCGGUUCACGGGGCCCUACUACAUGAUGCUCAUCACAAAAAAGUCGACCGUGGCCGUCAUUGGCGGCCACAUCGUCUACCAGGUUGCCGGCACCGAGUUGAUUCCAUUGACACCCGGACGCGGGGCCAACACCAACACGAGCGUCGGCAGUGGCGGCGGGAGUGGUGGAGCCGGCGGAAGUACGGCGGCCGGGGGCGGUGGAGGCAGCAGCGGUGGCAAUGAUGGCGGCCACAGCACGGGCAGCCCCGGUGCCACACAUGCCGAUGAGGUGCGCUUCCUCAACAUCCUCAACCACGUCAACCUGACGCAGUCGUUUUAUUUCAGCUACUCGUACGACAUUACGAACACCUUGCAGCACAACAUCACACAGGAGCGUGCGGCGCUGGCGGCUGGCCGGCGCUGGUCCUGCGACGAGGCGCACAACACGAUGUUCGUGUGGAACAGUCACCUGCUGCAACCGGCCGUCGACGCGCUUGCUUCGCCGUUUGACUGGUGCCGCCCCAUCACACACGGCUAUAUUGACCAGGCGUCCAUCUCCAUCUAUGGCCGCACCGCCUACGUGGCCAUUAUCGCGCGGCGGUCGCGCUACUUUGCCGGUGCCCGGUUCCUCAAGCGAGGCGCCAACGACCUGGGCUACGUGGCCAACGACGUCGAGACGGAGCAGAUCGUGUCGGAGGCCAGCACCACGUCCUUUCACUCGCCGGGCCGUCGCCUGUUUGCCAACCCGCAGUACACCUCGUAUGUGCAGCACCGCGGCAGCAUUCCGCUGUACUGGACGCAGGAGAACACGGGCGUGACGCCGAAGCCGCCGAUCGAGCUUAACCUGGUCGACCCAUUCUAUAGUGCGGCGGCCUUGCACUUUGACAACCUAUUUGCGCGGUAUGGCGGCCCCAUCUACGUGCUGGACUUGGUCAAGUCGCGCGAGAGCACACCACGCGAGAGCAAGCUGCUUGUCGAGUUUACGCGCGCCAUCCAAUACCUCAACCAGUUCCUGCCGCAGGACAAGCACAUCAUCCACCACGCCUGGGACAUGUCGCGCGCCAACAAGAGCCACGACGUCAACGUGAUCCGCGUGCUGGAGGAGAUUGCCGAGACGGUCGUGGCCACGACAGGCUUCUUCCGGAACGGCGAGGGCGAUGGCACGAACAUGCCUCCCCCGUCACCAUCGGCAGGAACCGAAGACGGCGCCCUCAACUUCCCGCAACGAGCCCGCGUACAAAACGGCGUGGCACGCACCAACUGCAUCGACUGCCUGGACCGCACCAACGCCGCCCAGUUUGUCAUUGGCAAGUGCGCCCUCGGCCAUCAGCUGCACGCCCUCGGCAUCCUGGACGAGCCAACGGUCAACUGGGAGACCGACGCCGUCAACUUGUUCACGCACAUGUACCAUGACCACGGCGACACCAUUGCCGUGCAGUACGGCGGGUCGCAGCUCGUCAACACCAUGGAGACGUACCGCAAGAUCAACCAGUGGACAAGCCACUCGCGCGACAUGCUCGAGACAUUCAAGCGCUACUACAACAACUCGUUCCUCGACGGCCAGCGCCAGGAAGCCUACAACCUGUUUCUCGGCAACUACAUAUACACACCGGGGCAGCCUAUGCUGUGGGACCUGCCCACCGACUACCAUCUGCACCAUGCCGACCCGCGGCGCCGCCCAGCUGGGGCCGGUCGCGGCCGUGGCGGGCGCGACUACAUCCACUGGUUCACCCCCGAGCAUCUGAAACUGCGUACGCUGCCGCCCCUGCCGACUCUUCGGCCGCCCGCCGCCAACACACACGCGUACAAUGUAGCCAUGGCCCUGGCGGCGCGUAAAGUGAGCAGCCAGCCGCAGGUGAAGCGCAAACGCAGCGGCCAGCCCAGGUUCAGGCGCAACAUGACCAGCCGCACGACCAACAGCUCGCUGCUGUCUGCGGGGCCCAACACCGCCAGCUUCGCCACGGACGACUACUGGCUCGAGUUCUACCGGCCGUACUUUUUGUCGUCGUUUGCCAAGAUGUUUUCCUUCAAGAUCAAGUCGACCAUGAAGUAUAUUCCCAUCCGCUCGUCGCGCGACGGCCAGUAUGAUCUGAGCCCGUUCAAGGUGCGCAGCGAGAUUGGCAGCCAGUACGGUGGAGGUGGGAAAGACGGCGACGCCGAUUCAGUGAGUAGUCGAAAGACCAACGGCCGGUGGCGUGGGAAUGGCCACCGGAAAGAGGUUUCGUUUGUCACGCCGCAAGACGUGGCCAGAGCGCGUGUGUCCACGGGCAAUACGGCCGACGACGCAGCCAGUAUCGCCAGCGGUGCCAGCGGCGGCACGACGAGCGGGCUGCGCAACUGGCUGAGUCCGUCGUCUGGAAACGACCGUCCGUCCGACGCGUCGAUUGCCAGCAGCAUUCCCAGCGUGCAGCAGCAGCAGCAAUACCUACAGCAGCAACAGAAAGGCGUCCAUGGCCUCCUGAAAGAAGGCACCGUGGCGGGCAGCGGGGGAACGGGCGGAUCGAUGGCAGCCGCUACGACGGUAACAACCGCGGCGACCAUUUUAUCGUCACCGUCACGAGCCGGCGCCGCGAGUUUGCACAGAGACAGCACCGGCAACGGUAACGCCAACGGCCAGGGCUUCCCGUAUGGCCGUGGCCAUGUGCGCAACAGCAGCAGCAUUGCCACGACGCUCGACACGACCAUGGUCGCCAACGGCGGCCUUUUGUUCGAGCCCGACCCCCGCCAAAAGGCAAAGCAGUCGGCCGUGGACAAGGCACGCCAGGCCCAGCUCACGUUUGCCAAGAUGGUCCAGGACUCGUUGAAUCCGUCGGUGCAGGAGACCGAGGACUACGAACGAUACAUUAGCCACCCGCAGAAUUUGCAGAUUGUCGUCUCGACUGACGAGACCGUCAUUGCUGGUGCUGCCCCUGCCGCCGGCCUGCCGGGCGGGCUCUCUCCCUCGGCUGGCAUCAGCGCGGCCAGCAAUGAAGAGUACCAGGAGUACGUCAAUGGCAGCUGGAAGACGGACGGCCUGGGCAUGAGUUUCUCGGAACCUGGACAGGUGCCCCGGUCAAACUCAGCCAACUUCCUGCCGGCGGCCGUGGCGUCCUCAAUCCCUUCCAUUCCUGGCCUGGACCAGGACCGCCCGGACGACGAGCUGGCCGUCUACGGUGAGCUCAUACGCGUGCCCGAAAACCCAUUGACAGUCACCGAGGGCGACGCGCAAAAGAAGCGCUACAAGGCGUACCGCAAGUGGCUGCGCGGCAAAUCACUCUUUAAGCAGCAAAUGGUGGACGCAUAA